AUGUAUCAAUGUAUCUUUCGUGACCACGCUAUUCCAUCUCGCCAUCACAAACGUAGAGCGGAGGUUGCAUUGUUAUCUCGCCUGCGACACUAUGAGAAUCUUUUACGUGAGCAUGGGAUCGACCCAAGUUUGCAGCUUGAUGAUGAUGGGUCCGCUGGUACGGAUGUUCAGCGUUCAAUGAACAACCUUUACUUGGGCGAUUUUGGGAAAAGUCCACAGUCUGAAGUUGAAUCUGUGAAUUGUUACGGGGCUCCUACUCUCCAGCCUCCUUCAGGGCAGUUUCUUUCCAAAGGAGGGAAAUCUAUUUAUCUGGAGAACGAAGUCUGGAGCAGUCUUGGUAGAGAGCUAAAAGAUUCCGAUUUCAUUUCAGAUGAUAGUGAUGCUGACAGCAGUGGAGAGUCGAAACAUCGAACUCCAUCUCAGGACUCGUUAGCAAGUCUGCAUCCUGAGCCUGUUCAUAUCUUUAAACUCUGGCAAAUAUUCCUGGAUAAUGUCAACCCACUAACGAAAAUCAUACAUCCCCCUUUGCUACAACAGCAAAUUCUCAACGCGACAAGCGAUUUGGGAUCGAUAGGAAAAGGGUUGGAGGCAUUAUUGUUUUCAAUAUACUGCUGUGCUUUGCUCUCGUUGACGGACGAGGAAGUGCAGAGAGAAUUCGGCCAAGACAGAAGCGAGAUGCGAGCCAGAUUUCGUAUAGGCGCGCAGCGAGCGUUUGCUAACGCAGAUCUAAUGAACACUUCUGAUGUGGUUUUGCUGCAAGCCUUUAGUCUAUAUCUUGUUUCUUCACGAGUACUAUGCGAUCGAAGGACACUGUGGUGUCUGAGUGGUAUGGCUAUUAGAAUCGCCCAGCAGAUUGGGCUCCAUCGAGAUGGCUCUCGGUUAGGGCUAUCCGCCUUUGAGACCGAGAUGCGACGCCGCGUAUGGUGGCACAUCAUAUACAUGGAUAGGACUAUCGCACGCACAUCUGGCUUUGUUUCAGCACCAUUGCCAUCUAAUGAUACCUCUCUUCCAUUGAAUAUCAAUGACAGCGACCUACAUCCUACCAUGAAGGAAAGCCCUGUGGAAAAGAAUGAUACCAGUACCGAUAUGAUUUUCUGUUAUAUGCGGCAAGAGCUUGGCAAAUGGCAAGAUAUUCAACGGAGCUUCAUCAAGGAAUCCAUAUUCUCGGGGAAUACUAUAUCCUUUUCAUCUCCAAGAAGGAAUGGUCGAGUCGUGACUGAUAGUGAAGCUCAACAAAUUUCUGUCAGGCUCCAAGUGGUCGACGAGCUCGAGGAAACUUUUCAAGCUAAAGUUAUUCAAUACUGCGAUACGUCGAUACCUCUACACCUCCUGGUCAGCCUUUCAGGACGUUCAAUCAUUUCCACAUUAAGAUUGUUAGCGUAUUACCCAUCUUACCACUAUGGAGCAGAUCGGAAGCUAUCACCAUUAUCACAAGCGGAAAGGGACUACCUCUUCGCAACUUGCUUGGAAGUAAUACACAACAACGAACGACUACAUACUACAGACUGCUUAAGAAAAUUCCUGUGGCAAUUCGAUUGGCACUUUCCUUGGCCUGCUCUUCUUUUCUUGUUUUCGGAAUUGCCGCACCGGUCAGUUCUUUCAGAAGACACGCAGCGCGCAUGGCACUACAUCGAUACCCUGUUCUUGCCACAAUUCUCACGGCUCACUGCCGAGGCUCGAGGGCCCUUGCACAUUGUUUGUAUCAAGCUUGCUUUCAAAGCAUGGAAUGCCCAGGUCAGCGAAUGCCGGCGUCAGGGGGUCUCUGUCCCGCCAUGUCCGAGGAUAUUGAAUGCCUUUACCACUUCUUCCAGAAGCCGGAAAGGUACUCCCAGCCAAGUUGAACAGAAUUCAGUUUUCGAUUCUCCUUCGCUAUUCUCAUCCGCCCAACAGGAGCAUUCGAAGCUGCUGCUGCAGGACUUCUCAAUUGCAAUGAACCAAAAUCAAAAACUUUCUCAACCCGAGGUUCGCCUUGCAGAUAAUGAACUUGGAGGUGGUCAAAAUCGUUCUACGGAUGACGUGCAGCUGCCAGACUUCCUCGGCGGUCCCCAGGACAUGCCACUGAAUGACGGGCUACUGAUGGAUUUGGUUGAUUGGAAUCCAUUAUUCCAACAAAUUUCACCACCAUUCGAAAUGUCUGGCUUUUGA